CCAAUUGUUGAUGUAUAAUGUUUGUUUGUGUGGGAAACUUUAUGGCGCCAAUUAUAUGUUACUUUACUACUUGAGAGUUUCGUCGGAAUAAUUUAGAAAAUGCCGGCUUUUCUGAAACACAUCGAAGUAGAGAACUUUAAGUCGUACAAGGGGAAGCUUAUUAUAGGUCCUUUAAAAUCGUUCACGGCUGUCGUUGGACCAAAUGGAUCUGGUAAGUCAAAUUUUAUGGAUGCGAUCAGUUUCGUUAUGGGAGAGAAAACAAGCAGCUUACGUGUCAAGAGAUUCAGUGAGUUGAUACACGGAGCUUCGAUUGGAAUGCCAGUUGCUCGGAGUGCUUCAGUAACUGCUGUAUUCGCUCUAGAAGAUGGCACCGAGAAAAGUUUUAUGCGUUCUGUACAAGGAUCUUCCUCAGAACACAGAAUAAAUAGUAAUAUAGUUACUAGCCAAGUGUAUCUCAAUGAAUUAGAACAACUUGGCAUUAAUGUGAAGGCAAAGAAUUUUUUGGUAUUUCAAGGAGCUGUUGAAUCGAUAGCUAUGAAAAAUCCAAAAGAGCGAACUGCACUUUUCGAAGAGAUCAGCAAUUCUGGAGCAUUAAAAGCAGAAUACGAAAGACUGAGAACAGAAAUGUUAAAAGCAGAAGAAGAAACUCAGUUCUCGUAUCAGAAAAAGAAAGGCAUCGCUGCGGAGAGGAAAGAAGCGAAACUGGAGAAAGAGGAAGCUGAGAAGUAUCAACGCCUGAAAGAAGAAUACGUUGAAAAGCAAGUAGAGCUGCAACUGUUUCGUCUGUUUCAUAAUGAAAAAAGUACAGAGAAUUUGGAAGUUCAACAAACGAAGAAGCAACACGAGAUAGAAAAGAUCGAGAAAAAGAAGGAAAAGGCUGAGGAAGUGUUAAAAGAAAAGAAGAAGGAUGCCGGAAAAUUGGGGAGAGACUUAGCUAAAAUCGAACAGGACAUUAGGGAAGUAGAGGUUGAGAUAACAAAGAAGAGACCGACGUUUAUCAAAGCAAAGGAACGUGUAGCACACAUGCAGAAAAAGGUUGAAUCUGCUAAAAAAUCUUUGGCCCAGGCACGUAUCGCGGACGAAGCUCAUAAAAAAGAUAUACACGAACUUCAGGAAGAAUUGCAGCAAGUAGAAGAAGCUAAAGCGGCGUACGAAACUAGUAUUGCGGGACAAUCGCAGUCGCAAGGUAGAGAUGUACAGCUGGAAGACGAACAAGUCAGAGAAUAUAAUCGGUUGAAAGAGGAAGCAGGCAAACAGUCGGCGAGGUAUUUACAACUUCUCGACUCCGUCAAUCGGGAGCAGAAGUCGGAUCAGGAUAGGCUCGAUAACGAGGGAAGAAAGAAAACGGAAAUAGAAAAUAAGCACAAACAAAAAGGUCACAUGCGAGAUGAGGCUCUUAAAAGAGUCGAAAAGUUAGAGGAGCAUAUAAAAACUUCGGAAGCCGCCUUGGAAGAUCAAAAAAAGUUGCGCGCCGAUUUACAAGCCGAUGUUGGUACGUCGAAAGACAAAAUACAAAAUCUACAGCGAGAGUUGGAAAGUAUUUCCGAACAAUUGGGCGACGCGAAAGUUGAUAAACACGAAGUAUCGCGAACUAAAAAGAAAACGGAAAUUGUAGAAAAUUUUAAACGUCUUUUUCCCGGAGUCUACGAUCGUAUGUACAAUAUGUGCGAACCCAUUCAUAAAAGGUAUAACGUUGCUAUCACAAAAGUUCUCGGCAAGUACAUGGAAGCUAUCGUCGUUGACACUGAGAAAACGGCUAGGCAAUGUAUUCAGUAUCUAAAAGAACAGUACCUCGAACCGGAAACAUUUCUUCCUCUCGAUUAUAUUCAAGCGAAACCCCUCAAAGAGAGACUAAGGAAUAUACAAGAACCGAAGAAUGUGAAAUUAUUAUACGACGUGUUGCAUUUUUCUCCCAAAGAUAUCGACAGGGCUGUAUUAUUCGCAACGAAUAAUGCGCUCGUAUGCGAAACUCCCGAGGAUGCAAAUAAAGUAGCGUACGAGAUGGACAAGAAAGCUAGGUACGAUUGCGUGGCACUGGAUGGUACGUUUUAUCAGAAAGCAGGAAUUAUCUCGGGUGGUAGUUUGGAUCUCGCGAAAAAAGCAAAGAGGUGGGACGAAAAACAAAUGUCUCAGUUGAAGGCACAAAAAGAGAAACUGACCGAGGAGUUGCGUGAAUCUUUGAAGAAAUCGCGAAAAGAAUCAGAAUUAAAUACGGUCGAGUCUCAGAUACGCGGAUUGGAGACACGUUUGAAGUAUAAUAAAAGUGAUUUAACUGCCACGCAGAAGCAAAUCGCGGAGCUGGACGCAGAGUUGGAAGCUCUGCAAAAUGAAUUAGAUAAGUUUGGUCCAACGAUAGCCGCGAUUGAGAAGACUAUGGCCGAGAGAGAUCAGCAGAUACAGAACAUAAAAGAAAACAUGAACAACGUCGAGGACGAUGUGUUCGCUAGCUUUUGCGAACAGAUCGGCGUGUCGAACAUUCGACAAUACGAAGAAAGGGAGUUGCGAUCGCAGCAGGAAAGAGCGAAGAAGAGAAUGGAAUUUGAAAAUCAAUGCAAUCGUAUUUUUAAUCAGUUAGAUUUUGAGAGACAACGCGAUACGGAGAGUAACGUGUUGCGGUGGGAACGGGCGGUUCAGGAUGCCGAAGAUAAGCUCGAAUCUGCACGCCAAACCGAAUCGAAUCAAAAGGCGGAAAUCGAUCACGACGAAACUCAGAUGGAGCAGUUGAAAUCGUCGCGAAACGCGAAGAAGAUGGAAGUCGAUCAGAAAGAGGAAGAGAUAGGCAAAGCCAGGCGCGAAGUUGGUGCGAUAGCGAAAGACAUACAAGCUGCUCAAAAGCAGCUGAAUGCUAUUGAGACCAAGAUUGAACAGAAAAAAGCUGAACGUCAUGCUAUUCUAAUGCACUGCAAGAUGGAAGAUAUCGCGAUCCCAAUGCUCCAUGGGAAUAUGGAAGAUAUAGCUAGUGAAACUAACACGACCAAUGGUUCGGAAUCUACCAUUAUGGACUCGUCUUUAAGUACGCAGCAACAGUACGAACGUGAGAAACGAAUAACUAUAGAUUACGCACUUCUUCCUGAAAAUUUGAAAGAUAUCGAAGAAGAGGAUACUAAGAAAACUACUGAGAAACUUACAAGAACGAUCAACGAUUUACAGAAUACUAUUCAACGUAUUCAAGCACCUAACAUGAAGGCAAUUCAAAAAUUAUAUCUUGCUAAAGAAAAAUUGCAAGAGACCAACGAGGAGUUUGAACAGUCUCGUAAAAAAGCGAAAAAGGCGAAAACACAAUUCGAAAGGAUCAAAAAAGAAAGGCACGACAGAUUUAUGGCAUGUUUCGAACAUGUCGCCAAUGAAAUUGACCCAAUUUAUAAAAGCUUGGCAAAGAACCAAUCUGCUCAAGCAUUCCUUGGACCAGAGAAUCCUGAGGAACCUUAUUUGGAUGGUAUUAAUUAUAAUUGCGUAGCACCAGGAAAACGAUUCCAACCAAUGUCUAAUUUAUCUGGUGGAGAGAAGACUGUUGCCGCGUUAGCGUUGUUGUUUGCGAUCCACAGUUUUCAGCCUGCACCGUUCUUCGUAUUGGACGAGAUCGAUGCUGCGUUGGACAAUACAAACAUAGGAAAAGUUGCUAGUUACAUACGCGACAAAACGAGCUCCUUGCAAACCAUCGUCAUAUCCCUCAAAGAAGAAUUUUAUUCUCAUGCUGACGCGCUAAUUGGCAUUUGCCCAGAUGUUGGCGAAUGCCUGGAAAGUAAAGUAUUAACUCUCGAUUUAACUACACACCCUACUCAUUAAUUGAGAAGAAAAUCUUUCAAUUUAAUGUGUAUAAUUUCUAUUAUACUUCUGAGUUUUACGAUUUACUGUACGUACGAUAACAUAAAUUGUCAACAUUUCGACUAUCCUACUUUUUACUUAUACUUACAUUUUCGUUCUAUUACCUAGAUUAUACAUUAUUUAAUUUACUUGAUUUAACUAGGGCAGUGUACAAGUUGCAUGAUAAUAAAUUAUUCAUUUAGAGAAUCGUCCAAUUGUAGUUUUUUAUGUUAACAAAUGUUCAUAGCUACAAUUUUUAUAUAAUAUAAGUUUGUAAACAUAUUCUUGCCCAGAAUAAAGAUUUUACUAUAAUAUUA